UCGUCAUUUCAAAAAAGAAAUUCAAAAUGAAAGGUCCAAUCCAAGAUGUUCAGGUUCAAAUAAGACCAUCAAAAACCCUAACUGAGUUCAUUUGUAAAGUAAAGACCAGUGAACCGUUGCCUGAAAAUAUAAUUCGAAUACGCGAAGCUGGAGGAAUUAAACAUGAAUCUAAAGAAGUUUAUGACAAAUACAUCCCAAAGAAAGUCCUCUCCGAGAAGCAAAGAGAAACACUGAAGAGUAUUUCAAGUGGGGAAGAUUUCAAUAAACUAUUCGGCAGCACUUCCAAAUUUAUAGAUGUAUUUACUGCCGAUGAUGAAGAAAAUAUUGAAAACAUUGAAAGCGAGCUCAAAGAAGAUCCUCCAAGCACAAAAACAAAACUGAAUGCAUCCGAAACCAAGCCAAAUAAUAAACCAGAUUUCCUCCUCAACAUCAACGAUAUUCGAUGGAUCGACCAAAUUCUGGAAAAACAUCGCGCUGCUAACGAGUGUGAUGACUAUAUUCACGAGCUUCUUAUAGAUUCGGAGGUUAUUCUACCGAAAAACCAAUUUAUUCCACGUAACCCAGAGUUAGAAGCACGCUGUGUCAAGUUGCGAGAACAACAGCAGGAACGUGAAUAUCGGAACAUGACUAAGGAUGUUGACGCGACACGACAGCACCUACCGGAAGACACAAUUGCAUACCAGAUAAAAACGAUAAAUCGUCAGCUUAUUGCCGUGUUCCAGUUUGUAGUUUCGGUCAUCACUGGAUUUGCAUUUGGCUUUAUUGGAUUAGAGUAUAUGCUUGGCGAACUCGACUUUGGUUUCCGCCUUUUCAUGGGAGUUAUGUGUGCUUUGAUCAUAGCCUUGGCAGAAAUCUAUUUCCUAGCGAAAAAGCUAAACGAAUACGAUGAGCCAAUUGAAGAUAUCCCGAUGCCAGCUCGUAAACCCAGGCCGCAUCAAGACUAGCCCCGUUCCCAGCAGAACACGUUGAACAAGUGUAAACAUAAGUGAAGUCCUAAAGUUAUGUUGUUUUAUAUGAAUAAAAACAUAGUCCUCAGAGUGUAA